GGGGUCGCCUCUGACGCAACUCUUUUCCAGCGAACGGAGCGAAAUGUUAAAACCGGAAGUGACGGAGCGGAAGCGACACAUUGCACACGCAGUAGCAGCAAGGACACGAAGCAAAGCACGUGCGGGGGGGAAAGGACAGGAGAAACUUUUCGUGGACAAAGUUAUAGAACACCACCAAGGAUGCCGGAGAAGCUUUGUGGGCUGUGCUUCCACCGCUUUGCCAACCUCAGGCAGCACCUCCGCACCACACACUUUGUGCCCAACAAGGAGGAGUUGGCGCUCCUGCUAAAGUGGGGCAGUGCCAGGACAACUUCCAAGCUCCAGUGCCCGAUCUGCAAAAAAAACAACGUGUGCCGGCUGGACAAGCACUUGCAGACCCAUCAUCACAUGCCCUCAGAUGACAAGAGGGCCCGGUUCGUGGCUAGAGCUAAGAGGACUGCUGUGGAGGAAGAGUUCAGGGAGCUCAGGCAGGCAAAUCCAACCCCUGAAAUGGUCUCCACACUGGGUCAGCUGGAGGAAGAGCAGGGGAGCGAGGAGUAUGCAUCCAGUGAGGAUGAAUCCAGUGAGCAUGAUGAGCCACAGCCCCGUCCUAGGGACCAGAUGGCUUCCACCCCUCAAACUUCACACACAUCCCUGCCAGAAAUCGACCUUGCCCCCAUCCCCUCCAUGACCCGCAAGUCAUCCUCCAGAGGAAUUGUGAGCGGUUCACCGGCACCCUCAUCCACCUCGUCUGGUGUGUCCUCCUGCCACUGCAGCCAGAUGUCCUGUACCCUUGAACAGUCACUCCUGGCCCGCAUCGACAAGUUGGAGAAGGCACUUGACCGCUUUGUGUUGAGGCAGCAGGAGGUCCUGGAACGUAGUUUAAAUCCAAGGCAUUGGACCCCCAGGAUAACAUCAGACCAGCUGUCACCAGCGAGGCGUCCCCGUAAAUCUUCUGGCAUCAGGCGGCUUGGGACAGAUGAGCAGCCUGUGGAUUUGUCACCCUCAGGUGACCCAGACCCGCCACCCGACCCCGAGCCGCAGCCGGACCCAGUCCGGCCGCCUGACCUAGAGCCGCUGCCAGACCCUGUCCUGCUGCCGGAACCAGUCCCUCCGCCGGACCCAGUCCCUCCGCCUGCCCCAGUCCCUCCGCCACCGGACCCGGAUCCCAUCCCGACGCCCUCAACAUCGGCUAGCCAGACAGUCAUUGAAGCCGCCGACCAGACGCCUGGCGAUGAAGAGGCUGCUGAGGUCUCACUUGUCAAAGGCGCGCCCAUUGGGAAAAGCACUUCGGACACUUGCAUGUACGAAAAGGCCAUAGAGGACUUUCGCCAAUAUAGAGUCGGGGCCAGGCGCAAACGCAAAGACAAGGAAAAUGCAAACACGGCCGCACGCCACUGCCACGUCUUUUGCACUUACAUGUUGGGCGAGAAGGCGUGCGACAGAGAUGCUUUGAAGGACCUACGGUUCCUGACCAAUAUUGAGAGAUUACGGAAAUACCCAGUCUACCUCACUAAUAAAGGCUACGCCCCAACGAGCAUCAGGAACAUGAUGAUAAAUGCGACAUUGUUGUACAGGCAUGUGGAGCAUUCUUUCCUAAAAAAGAGCCGGUUGAAAUCAUCUGACAUCAGCCGUAUUAUGUAUGAGCUGAAAAAGAUCAGGGCUGACGUGAACAGAGAUGUGUUGCUGAGGAGGCAGAAGGUGCGCAAGGAGAAGACGGACAGUCAGGUGCCAGCCUCCCAGGAAGAGAGAUUCCUCAGUGUUGCCAAGCGCCGUAUCCCAGAAUUGUUGGAAAACAGCGUGAGCGAGACGGUCAGCAACGGCAGUCAUACUCUGCUAAUGGGAUAUGCCAUGGGGUAUUUGUCGGUGCUGACGGGACACAGGUCCUCAAUCUUUACCUCAAUGCGGGUCCAGCAUGUCUUCAACGCAGACUCCUGGGAGGAGGGCCAAAAAUGGCAGAUCCUGAUUGAAGAGCACAAAACAGCCAAGACAUUCGGUCAUGCUUCCAUUGCACUGGUGGCCGAGGAAUACAAGUGGAUGAAGUUGCUGGCUGGGGGUGUUUGCUGCCCAGACGGGCCGAAAUCUCCAUUUGUGUUUCACACCGUCCUUGGUGGCAUGAUACACAAGCCAAAUUUGAUGCUUGCAUCUGCCUGGCGAGAUGCGGGCUGCUCUGGUCCUGUCAACUUUACUUUGAUCAGAAGCAGUAUAGCAACUCAGGCUGACACUCACCUCACCGAGACUGGCAGGAAAAAGGUGGCAUCAUCAAUGGGCCAUGAUGCGCAAACGGCCUCAAAAUUCUACGUUUUCUUGCCACGACGAGAUAGGGCCUACCGUGCACGGGAGCUCCGCAUGUCUGCCUUGGACAAGGAACUACGGCAAAGCGGGUCCAGUGCGGGAAGCCCCUCCACCUGGGAUAGCCCCUCCAGCUCGUCCACCUCUGUGUCGGUUCGCGGCAGGUCCAGGCCGUACGACAGCCCCUCCAGCGCGUCCACCUCCAUCUCUGUUCGCGGCAGGACCAGGCCGGGCGGCAGCCCCUCCAGCUCAAGCGCAACAUCCACCUGCGGUCCAGGUGAGAUCUCUUCUGAUGAGGGGGAUAUGGUCAUCGACCUUUCCCCCCCUUCAGUUAAUCCCUCCCUGGCAGAUUUUGACCUCAGAAAGAAGAAUUGCAGCACUCCUCGGAUCACGUUGCCCAUCUUCACCCAGAGCACUGACCACAGUUCCCCAGAACUCCAACUAGACCUGAGCGACUCGGACUCAAUCCAGUCACGUUUGCCUGGGACACAUCAACGCGUGAUGGGUAAAAGGGUACGGAAGGCCCUGUUCAUCCGGACGGCUCCUCCCUCUCCCUCCGCAAAGCGUAAAUCCACGAUGGAUGCUGGAUUUCGCGCUGCCAAGCGGCUGCUUGGCCAUGCCUAUUUGAUUAGUAGCCCUCCAAAGAAAAAACAGGCUGUGUGCUCGUCAGGGUAUAACUCUGAUCCAGGUUUAGGGCCGAUCUCAAAGGUCGUCAGCCCUCUUGUGAAGAACACUCAGACCCCAAAACGUCAGCCUUUUGAGAAGGUCCACAGUCCAACUGUUGUGCCAGAGACACAGGAUCUAGAGUCCCCGCGUUAAAAAAAAAAGCACUUUAAAAAGUUCCAACGAACAGUUCACGUAGGGGCUAGGCCCCAGUGUUAUGGCUCACUGAGUCCCUUUUUGUUUAAAAAAAAGACAGUUUUUAUAGAAUUUUGAUUUACGUGUGUGUCAGCCAAACAGUGUUUCAAUGAACAGCUGAAGGAGGGGCUAGGCCCCAGUGUUAUUGCCCAGUGAGGCCAUUUUUGUUUAAAAAAAAAGUAAUACUUAAAAGAAUUUUAAGUCAUUUGUGCCUAAGGCAAAGAGUGAAGAAAGUAAUGGCUGAAUGACGGGCUAGGCCCCAAUGUUCACUUGCUGCAGAAUAAAAAUGGCAGUUUUUUAUGCCAAU